GCCUUGAGACCUGCCCUGGCCAUCAGCCACGAAUCUGAGGACUCGCACGACCAUUAGAUCUGCACGCUAAUCAUCUCGAACUCACCGUCUCCUAGCGAUCAUGUCUUAUACUCCUUCAUCCCCACAGACCGACGGCCUCCACGGUCUUGCGAUUCUCUUCACCCAGCUCCGGCAUUGCGCGGCAUCCCACUAUGUCCCCUCCGCGCACCUCCCUUCCGCUAGAGCACCUAGAAGACUUCACGAAGCGCGAAUGGUGCAAUGCUCUCCUCUCUGAUCCCUCCAUCACGAAGAUUCAAAAACGCGCCUUGCCUUCGCCGACAGACCCGGACGUUUCCAACACGUUCUUCAACCACACCCUCUUCACCGACGACGCUGUCCGCGCCUUCCUGUCCCUGUACAGACCCGGUCGCGGCCGAGGAAGGAGCAUCGCCGAUGCGGAGAUCGCGGGCGAUGCGCUGCUGGGCGAUGAGCAAGGACAGACGGAUAAUCACACGCCCACCGACAAGGACAUAGUGGAAGAUGCGCAAGACGAGAAGCAGCUGGACACACAAGCCGACCUAGACGAGCCCGAAGCGCUCAUGCUAGUGUCCAUAGGUAGCGGCAUAGACGGCGGGGUGAGACGACUACAUGGCGGAGUCACGGCCACGCUGCUGGAUCACGUCAUGGGCACGCUGAUUUCCUAUGUACACGGGAAUACGAGCGCGACGGCGGAGUUGAGUGUCAAGUAUAAGGAGGCGAUUACCACGCCUAGGGUUGUGCUGUGCAGAGCGCGCAUUGUGAGGGAGGCGGGCCGAUGGAUUGAGACCGUCGGGUGGAUUGAGGAUGGAGAAGGCACCGUGUUUGCGGAGGGGCGGGGUGCUUUUGUGAAGAGUAGGGUGGAUAAUGGGGGGUGGACGAAGAUGUGAGGAUGGAUGUAGUGUGCUAAUGGGAUGUAGUGGAGUGUCUUGCACCGAACGAGACCCUCACGGUGCGGAAAUCUCCGGAUAUAACAACGCACGUAACACAAUAGCACGUAUGACCUGUACGAGCAAUAUCAUCCAUACAGCGAGU